AUGACGGACGGGGCAAGACAACGGAGCAGCACAUCGGGCUCUGCCAAGGAUGCUGCCGGUGAGGAGUCGGGAGGCGGAGUGGAGCUCAAGAAGUCAAUCGGGCUGGUCAGCGCAUGCGGUAUUAUCGUUGGUAACAUUAUCGGCUCAGGUAUCUUUGUCAGUCCGAAGGGAGUGAUGGAGAACGCCAGCUCCGUGGGCGUGGCCCUGAUCGUCUGGAUCGUCACGGGCGUCAUCACAGCCAUUGGGGCGCUUUGCUACGCCGAGCUGGGCGUCACCAUCCCCAAAUCGGGGGGAGAUUACUCCUACGUCAAGGACAUCUUCGGAGGGCUGGCUGGGUUCCUGCGUCUGUGGAUCGCCGUGCUGGUGAUCUACCCGACCAACCAGGCCGUGAUCGCGCUGACGUUUUCCAACUACGUCCUGCAGCCUCUAUUCCCCACCUGCUUCCCGCCGGAGAACGGCCUGCGUCUGCUGGCCGCCGUCUGCCUCUUGCUGCUGACCUGGGUGAACUGCUCCAGUGUGAAGUGGGCUACCAGAGUGCAGGACAUGUUCACCGCCGGCAAGCUGCUGGCCCUCGCCCUCAUCAUCGUCAUGGGCAUCGUGCAGAUCUGCAAGGGAGAGUACUACUGGUUGGAGCCAGCCAAUGCCUUCGAGCCCUUCCAGGACUAUGAUGUGGGCUUGAUAGCCUUAGCCUUCCUACAAGGCUCCUUCGCCUAUGGAGGGUGGAACUUCCUUAACUACGUCACAGAGGAGCUGGUGGACCCCUAUGUGAACCUUCCUCGUGCUAUCUUCAUCUCAAUCCCCCUCGUGACCUUCGUUUACGUCUUUGCCAACAUUGCCUACGUCACAGCCAUGAGCCCCACGGAGCUGCUCGCCUCAAACGCUGUUGCCGUGACGUUUGGUGAGAAGCUGCUGGGAGUCAUGUCGUGGAUCAUGCCCAUCUCUGUGGCUCUCUCCACCUUCGGUGGAGUCAACGGUUCCCUCUUCACCUCUUCACGAUUGUUCUUUGCUGGAGCCAGAGAGGGCCACCUCCCCAGUCUGCUGGCCAUGAUUCAUGUGAAACGGUGCACUCCCAUCCCUGCGUUGCUCUUCACUUGCCUGUCCACCUUGCUUAUGCUGUGCACCAGUGACAUGUACACCCUAAUCAACUAUGUGGGCUUCAUCAACUACCUCUUCUAUGGAGUCACUGUCGCCGGGCAGAUUGUCCUGCGUAUUAAACAGCCCGACUUGCACCGACCAAUCAAGAUCAACCUCAUCUGGCCAGUCAUUUACCUCAUCUUCUGGGCCUUCUUGCUCAUCUUCUCUCUAUACUCUGAACCUGUUGUGUGUGGCAUCGGCCUGGCCAUCAUGCUGACUGGCGUCCCCGUCUAUUUCCUGGGAGUCUACUGGGACAAUAAGCCACAGUGCUUCGACGCCUUCGUUGAUAAGAUGACGUACUUGGGCCAGAAGUUCUGCAUGGUUGUUUAUCCGGCCAUAGGUAAAAGCAGUGGGAGCGGAGAGGAAGGGGAGGAAAUGAAGGAAGCCAGGUCUCCUCUGUCCAAGGAGGACGGAGACAACCACAAGUCAGCGGACUGCUAAAGUUUUUACUCCACCACCUGCCCCAAAAGAAACAGACAUAUGCAGACGCACAACGUGGGUGCGCACAAACACACAUGCAAACAUACACCACAGUUUGUAGUGGAUUUUACUGAUCAACAUGUUGUCUUUAAUAUUUGUAUUUGGUUUUGUAUCAAUCAAUCAUUUCUGUGCCAAACAUAAACAUGAGGUAUUUAGAGUCAUGUGACUUUUCUGGCUGCAAUAAAGAAAAGUUAGCAGCUCCUCAAUACAUGUUCAAACAGACACAAUUACUAUGUUUCAUCAUCAUCAUCCUGCUUCUCUUCCUCCACACACUCCCUGCACACUCCUACUGUAAGAGCGUCUUUUUUUUGUUUUGUUUUUUAUCUAAAAGACUUUACAAGGAUGGCUACGCAAACUUUGUCAUCCAUUCACCACGCCAAAGCUGUAUUUUGAUUGUCAUAGCAGAAAAUGUGAUUUAGAUCAAGUCAUUUGAUGUUGUGAAGUUGACUAAGUGCAGUGUUUUGUUUUUAAAAGUGGCUGUGAUUCCAAAAUGCUUCUUUCUUUCUUUUUUUUUUUGUAAUUGUAAUUGUUUAUAUCAUUUGACUUUGUUGUUAUUUUAGUUUUAAUGUGUUCAUUUUGUUUUCUAUUCAACAUCCUAUACAUUUAGGCCUAUUUUCUUUUCUUUUUUUACUCUUGUGGAGGCGUGAAAGCUGAUGUGUGAUGUGUACUUUGCAUUGGUUAAUGGUGCACUGUUCCUGUUAAUUGCCUUAAUUAGAAUAUAGUCUGUAUUUGGGGGACUUUACAGCUUUAACUGAUGUGGAGAGAUGCUUUGGGGUAGUUUUUCUGCAAGUCUAGCAUGGACAUAGAACACUACAGAGACACGAUAAUGUUCACCACCACCCUCCCUCCCUCCCUACACUGACACGUGCGUGAAAAACUGUUUUAAAGAGGCAUUGAUUGUCUUACGUGUUUUAAGGAAGAAGUAUUUUCUAGCUUGCCAUCUAAAUAUUUUAUUGUUCUUCAUUUAGGGUGUAGAAAUUAGAGCUUGACGUAAAAAAAACCCUAUUUUUUGAUUAAUACUAGAAGAGAAUUUAGUGCAAUAUUAAUAUAGGCAGCACCAGAGAAAACUAAACCCGCACCCCUGAUUGAGUGUUGUCUGGUAUUAGUUGUGUAUCUAUACUUACACUGUAUAUUAUAGUAACAACACACAUUAUGUACUCUUGUGUUUUCAGUUUUUCUGUGAUCUAUUAGUGUCUCAGGGCAUCCUCACCGCCUUCUGCUUCUACACACUGCCAAAAAAGCCUCCGGACCAUGAAAACUCAACAGAUCUAACUGUUAGUGCUAAAUGUGAGUUCUGGUGCUUUUAGAUAUUUAUUUCCUCAGCAGUCUUACCCCCAAAAGCAAAUGUCACAGAGGAUGUAUCAAGAAAGUAUCAUUGAAUUUGGGCCAGUAUUGUGUACGUCUCUUUUGUUGAGCUGUAAGGAGAACAGGGUGUGUCGGAUAUCUUUACCAGUACAAUGAUUGUGUUUUGUGCCUGUAUGGUUAUUGUGCAUUUACACUAUACACAGAUUUCAUGACAGUCUGUAUAUUGUCUCUUAGUAAAUAAAAACCACUGACUAAGUUUUGAAUUUGUAAUUCAGGGCAUCAUUUAUAUAUAUUUAUAUGUAUAUAAAAGCUUCCUGUCUUUAUCCGUAUUCCAUUGUUUGAUCAUUCAGUAAUAAAUUUUUCUCAAUUUCUAACAUAAACUUGAAUUUGACAUUUCUCAGUUACACUCUUUCUGUACAUGAACCUGAAAAUGUUUCCUCAGAUAUCAAAUGCUGCAACUUAAUGUGUCACGGUAAUGUGAUCUGUGCCGACUCGAGAGCUUCACCGGCUUGUUUACAGCUUAAAAUCUAUUUUCUGAUUUUGUUUUUGACUCGUCUUCAUGUCCUUGCUGCUCGAGGUUUCCCUUAUAAGCUGCAACUUUCACUCCUUGCUGUAAUUUAGACCAAAACAGGCCUUCAAUAUGGUGGAAAUAUGAAGUGUUUUAUGUUGUAACCAGUCAUGUGUACUGAUAAUCUAAGCAAUUCUUCUCUUAGCAACACAUCAUGGAUAAGAAUGUUAUUUUUCUAAAUCAUUUUGCGUACACUCUAAUUUAAAUUGUCUACCUACCGUCCUGAGAGCCAUGUCUCGGAGUCUAUUUUUGUGUUAAAAAUGUAAAUGUACAUAUUGGUGGCGAGUGUGUGACGGGAAUAAAAAAAGAUAAGACUUUA